UGGACCGGGACCGAGUGGGCCGGAGACCGGGAGUUGCGCCUCGGGUUUCGGCUGCACCACCGGCGGGUCGUGAAUCCUUUCGAAGGCAGAGCUGAAGCGACCGGCGGAGAUUCCGUGAGAUGUUUCAGCUGCACGGAGGCGCCCGGCCUUUCCCCGUCGAGGAUCGGGGCCUGUUGUCUGGAGUUGUCUCCCAGACCCGUCCCUUCCUGCUGGGUGACGGGAGCUGCCCCGCAGCGGCUGCCGGUGGAUCUCCGGAGCUCUCACCGCUCCCCUGUGCAAUCCGAACGGCUGAAAACCAAGGGAGAACAAGGCGCAAAGGUUUGAAAUGGCAGAACACUUGCGCAUGGGAAUCUCAAACACAACAACACAUCAGUUUUGCUGAAUGACUGGAUAUUUAAGGAGUGACCAAAUAUUUUCUUUGCAACACCAACACCUCUGUUGUCGAUCCACGGAGAUGAAGAAUUAUCUCAUAACAUCUGGUAAUGUGUUCUGUCACUGAAAUCAAGCAUUCUGUUGUAACUCAGUGAAAUCCACUUGAACCGGGGUGCUGAGAACACACCAGCAUUUGUUCACUGGAGAUCAGUUCUUCUACUGCAUUGAUUGUAGAAGGGAUUCAAACAUCUGACUGUCUGAAUUGCAGAGAAUUGAUCACAGUGAGAUAUCAUUCUCCUUCUCUCAGUGUGGGAGGGGAUUCACUCACAGCCUACCCGCAGACACGCCAGUGAGUUCACAGUGGGGAGAGGCCAUUCACCUGCUCUGUGUGAGGGAGGGGAUUCACUCACAGCCUACCCACAGACACGCCAGUGAGUUCACAGUGGGGAGAGGCCAUUCACCUGCUCUGUGUGAGGGAGGGGAACUACCCAGUCAUCCAGCCUGAAGAUACAUCAGCAAGUUCACACCACAGUGAGAUGCUCCACCUGUUCUGACAGCGGGAAGCAAUACAUUCUGUCAUCGAUGCUGAAGAUAUAUCCUAAAGUUCACCAGUGAGAGGACAUUGACCUGCUCGGAUGGUGGGAAGACAUUCACACGCUCAACCAGACCACAGUGACACCAAUGAGUUCACACCGGGGAGAAGCCAUUCACUUGCUCUGAAUAGGGGAAGAUACUCACUCAUUCGUCCACACUACAUAGACACCAGCGAGUUCACACUGGGGAGAGGCCAUUCUCCUGCUCCUGAAAGGAGUCAAAUCACCUGCUGCAACAUCAGUUAGUUCACACUAGGGAGAUGCUAUUCACAUGCUCAGACUGUGGGAAAGGAUUCACCCAGUCAUCUCAACUGAAGGAGCAUCAGCGAGUCCACACUGAGGAGAAGCCAUUCACUUGCUCUGAAUGUGGGAAAGGAUUUGCUCGGUCAUCUGAACUGAAGGUACAUCAGCGAGUUCACACUGGGGAGAGGCCAUUCACCUGCUCAGACUGUGGGAAGGGAUUCACUCACUCGUCCAACCUGCACAGACACCAGCGAGUUCACACUGGGGAGAAGCCAUUUAUCUGCUCUGAAUGUGGGAAAGUAUUUGCUCAGUCAUCUGAACUGAAGUCCCAUCAGCGAGUCCACACUGGGGAGAAGCCAUUCACUUGCUCAGAAUGUGGGAAAGGAUUCGCUCGGUCAUCUGUACUGAAGUCACAUCAGCGAGUUCACACUCGGGAGAUGCCAUUCACCUGCGCAGACUGUGGGAAGGGAUUCACUCACUCGUCCAACCUACAGAGACAUCAGCGAGUUCACACUGGGGAGAAGCCAUUCACAUGCUCUGAAUGUGGGAAAGGAUUCGCUCAGUCAUCUGAACUGAAGGUACAUCAGCGAGUUCACACUGGUGAGAGGCCGUUCAGCUGCUCAGAAUGUGGGAAAGGAUUCAUUCGUUCAUCUCAACUCCUGAGACACCAGCAAAUUCAUACUGGGGAGAAACCAUUCAUCUGCUCAGAAUGUGGGAAGGGAUUCACCGAUUCAGUUCAUCUGAAAGAACAUCAGUUUGUUCACACUGUGGAGAGGCCGUUCACCUGCUCAGACUGUGGGAAAGGAUUCAUUCGGCGUUUUAGUCUAUUAACGCACCAGUUAGAUCACAGUGAGGAGAAACCAUUCAUAUGCUCUGAAUGUGGGAAAGGAUUCACACAGUCAUCUCAACUGAAGGAGCAUCAGCGAGUCCACACUGGGGAGAAGCCGUUCAUCUGCUCUGAAUGUGGGAAGGGAUUUGCUCAGUCAUCUCAACUGAAGUUACAUCAGCGAGUCCACACUGGGGAGAGGCCAUUCAACUGCUCUGAAUGUGGGAAAGGAUUCAGUCGUUCUUCUCAACUCCUGAGACACCAGCGAAUUCACACUGGGGAGAAACCAUUCAUCUGCCCAGAGUGUGGGAAGGGAUUCACCGAUUCAGCUCAGCUGAAAGAACAUCAGUUUGUUCACACUGGGGAGAGGCCAUUCACCUGCUCAGACUGUGGGAAAAGAUUCAGUCGUUCAUCUCAGCUCUCGAGGCAUCAGCAAAUUCACACUGGGGAGAAACCAUUCUGAGGAAAUGCGGAUAUAUAAAAAAUUAUUUUGAACCUAAGUAACCUCUAGAUAAAAGAAUAAUUGGGACUGAACAGGAAUUUUUGAACUAAAGUAAACUCUGUCUUCAGCAGUUAAGAAACUCAAUGGCUUAUACUGGUUUCCUUUUAAUUGUCAGAGGGACAUUGAGAAUUUGAUAAUAUAUAUUGUACUCGUGUUUGAGUCAGGACUCAUCGAUAAGGUCAGCAAUGAACAUCGGUCUGGAAUGAAGUCAGGACCUUGCAAAGGGAAUAGCUGAUAAGGACUGGACUGUAUAUCCAUCUAUAUUCAAGCCUUGAGUUAGUGCACUCUGUUAUCUAAGACAUUAAGUUUUGCACCAACAGACUUGGUGGGCGUACCAGUUCUAAUAGCAGCUUGCAACAGUGAUGUAUGGGACUUACUAUGUAUGAAUAUACUGCUGUAACCUGACUGAGAGAGUCCAAUUGUCAGAUGGUUGGCAGCACUGACAUGCCUUCCCUCUGAUAACUGGGUCUCAGACUCUUGCAAGAGAAUGCAAUAAACUGUGGUGCCGAGAGGAAACUGGUCUCCCGAGUUUAACAUUGGGCGUCACGAACAGGAUCCUAAUACAAAGCAGACAGACUGAGUAAGCGGCCGGACCACUCCGGGGACCGCGGAGACCGACCGGGUGCCCAACAGGUAUUUCACCUUUUGUCACUCACCGUCAGUUCCUUUGGAGGCACGGUUCCUCGCUGAGGGCUGCUUGCAUAUCUUGACAGGAUAGGGAAAGUAUCUGUCGGAAGACUUGUAUAAGGUAGGCAAAUUUUAUUAAUUGAGUAGGAGGCGGUACCGGGUUAAUUUUACUAACUGGGCAGGAGGCAGACGUGCUGGGUAAAUUUAUCAAUUCAGCACGUGGUGCCUGCUGGGUAAAUUUAUCUUAUUGUUAAUUGAGCAGGAGGCUUUGUGCCGGGUAAAUUACUUAGAGAGCACGGAGUUGAGUGAUACGAGUGGGCCAAGAGCAGCCCUACACAAUGUGUGUGAGAGUUUUCCAGACAAGGAAAAAGAUUUGUGAAUUUUGACUGCAGCGCUGAAUAAACCGAUUGGGGAAAAGAAUGUGGCCACUGGGCGGGAUCCGACGAUAUCACCUCUUGAGAACACGCAGUAAAUCUGAUCUGGAAGAUGAACUGUGGGAAGAAGUGGAAAUUGUUGAAAAGGCAAUGGAAGGAUAAGGCAGAUGCAAAGUUGAACAGUACAUGAUGAGCAAGUUGGAGGGAUAAUGCGUGUGACAAAGGGAGAGAGGUACGUACUGCAGAAGGUUGGGAGACGCAAAAGCGGAGUGUGAGUGGGUGAAUGGGCGCCGAAAACGAGAGCAGGAAAAACAACAUCAGCAAAAUCUAGGCCGGCCUAGAUAGGAGAGAAGGGCAGGAACGUCAGUCUAAAGUUCGAACUGACAGGGAAACAAGGGAUCCCGAUCCCAUGUUUGGGAUACCGAUCCUGUUUGAGGAUGGUGACCAUGAUUAGGAAUGAGCACCCACCGUACUCCCCCCACCAUACCAGGGGCCGAGUGCACCCGAGCCCCAAUCCGCCCAGUACUCAGAUACGGUGGCCACUCGGGUAAAGCAGCGGCAGCGGGGAAGGGGAGGCUCUCUAUACCCUCAGAUCCAGAAGGGGAAUACCGAGGAUUAUUCCGAGACAGGGAGGGGAGAAUCCAAUAAAAGCCCAAAGUUAAUGGCUCCACAGAGACAAUUACCCACCCGAAUGCUGCCUAAUCCAUGAGCAGCGGAGGAGGGACAGCUCUCAGUAAUUCCUGUGUAUGCACCCUGGAAGCCUCAAGAAAUGACAAUGAUUAUGAAUCCGGCCCCCGAUAGAAAAGAAAACCCAGCACAGAUUGCUCAGUGUGUCCGCAGUUCUAUACAAAUGUAUAAUGUGACCCCACAAGGUUCAUUCAGUCUCUGCUGCAUGAUUCUCUCAGCUGAUGAGGGGCGGAAAUGGAAGGCAGAACUAAGAUACCAAACCUAUCAGGAGUUACAGGUGGGAAUCCAUGAUGAGAAUGAACGGACAGACCAGAUUAUUCAAGCCUUGGAGAGGGAUCUCCAACAACCUGUAAACGUCACUAAAGUGCUUGAGUCCAAACGUAACCCUGGGGAAUUGGGACCAGACUAUCGGAGAGAAUUGUGGCCGGCUACGCACUUUUGCAGGGGACAAAACCUCUAAUACUGGUACGGAACGCAUAUGGAAUUACAGGGGGACCCAGUGUGAGGUUUAAUUUACAGCCACCGCCAGUCUGGGGUGUAAUCUAGCAGACUGAGACUUGCUGUGUCCGUUGCAAGUGGAGAUUCUAUACACAGACUAGCGAACAACCAACAGCUUCCCCAGUUACCGAAUCCCCCUCCAGUGGUGGGCACUGAAUCUGGUCUCCACUUCGUCUGAACCCUCUCUGCCGGAGGCCGACCCUCAUGUGACCCCUAUGUGGUGCUAAACUGAGGAAACCGAUAUUAUGCACCCCUCGAGGGACAGAAUUUCAAAGUCACCGUGACUGGUGAGGCUGAAGGAAAAGUGGGCAGUGCAUUACUGGCCGAAGUUCCAGGUUUCCUUUGGUGACAGACAGGAUUCGUGCUUCCCCAGACCACCAUUAGGAUUUGCCCUUGGUUCAAGCUAAAGAGCGUGGGUUUCCUUCCUAAUCCCUGACGAAACAAGCCUCUAGCACCAAGGGGGACUUGCAAGACUUGGCCACGGGCCACCUCCGAUACUGGAAGGAGUCAAAGGUGAAGACGGGACAUCUGGUAAGACACUCUUUUAAUAUUGACCAAACCCAAGACGUUGUACCACAUCUCUGGACAAUUUCAGUCCAUGAAGUCAGCUGCACGAAGUUCA